CUGACCAUGCUCUCCAAAGGAGGAGUGUGCGGGGCGAGGGGUGGAAUCCAGUGAUUCUCAGCCCAUAGGAAUUCCUGCCCUCCCUCUCCUCUGGCCGCCUGGCCUGUCUGGCUGGGCACUGCCCUCCCCCUCACUGCCCGCCUGUCCCCUGGGCGGCUUGGGCGCCACCGCGACUGUCCCCAGCCCGCCUCGCAGCCCGGCCAAAGAGCGGCGUGACCCGAGGCGCUGCCACAGCCCCCGGCCUGCCGGGGGUAUAAAGCGCGUCUGGCCCAGCCUGCGUAGCCCUGCCAGCCGGCCGAGGUGUGCACAUGGCCCGGGGCGCGGGGCGCGGGCGCGGGGCGGCGGGCUGCGGACUGCGCAGCGCGCUGGCGGCCCUGGCCGUGCUCUCGGCACUCAACGCGGCCGGCACGGUGUUUGCGCUGUGCCAGUGGCACCGGCUCCGCGCGGCGCUGCGGGAGCUGGAGGCUGAGCGUGGCGAGGACGCGGCCGUGCGCGCCUUCCUCAGAGAGCUGCAUCUGGCGCGGGACCGGAACCCCGACGCCCACCCCGACCCCGACCCAGAACCUGACCCUGGCCCUGACUCUCUCAGCGCGGCGCGCGCCAAGCGCAGCCAUGGGGAGCCCGCGCCGGCCCUGCGCGCCCAGAGCCAGGACACGCUGAUGUUGAUGACCUACUCCAUGGUGCCGAUCCGAGUGAUGCUGGACCUGUGCAACAGCACCAAAGGCAUCUGCCUCACAGGACCACCUGGCCCACCAGGACCUCCGGGAGUCAGUGGAUUACCAGGACACAAUGGAACUGAUGGACAGCCUGGACCCCAGGGCCCAAAGGGCGAAAAAGGAGCAAACGGAAAAAGAGGAAAAAUGGGGCUGGCUGGAGCUACAGGAAAUCCAGGGGAGAAAGGCGAGAAGGGAGACCCUGGUGAACUGGGCUUGCCUGGAAAUGAGGGUCCCCCAGGGCCGAAGGGCGAGAAGGGGGACAAAGGAGAUGUGUCCAAUGACCUGUUGCCGGCAGGUGCCAAAGGUGACCAAGGCCCCCCCGGCCCACCUGGGCCCGCAGGCCCUCCCGGCCCGCCCGGGCCCCCUGGAAGCAGAAGAGCCAAGGGCCCUCGGCAGCCAAACUCGUUCACUGGCCAGUGCUCAGGUGAGACAUGUGCUGUACCAAAUGAUGACACCCUGGUGGGAAAAGCGGAUGAGAAAGGCAGCAACCAGAACGCCCCACAAGCAGAAUCCCUGAUCGCUUCCAUUGGAAACCCAACGCAAGUCCUGAAAGUGACAGAGACGUUUGGGACGUGGAUAAGAGAGUCUGCCAACAGGAGCAAUGACCGGAUCUGGGUGACCGAACAUUUCUCAGGCAUCCUGGUGAAGGAGUUCCAGGACCGGGCCUCGCUCCUGAACGGCAGCUACUCCUCUGUCCUGCUGCCAUCCUACUUCCACGGUUGUGGGCACGUGGUCCACAAUGGUGCCCUCUACUACCACAAAGGCGGCUCCAACACCAUCGUAAGGUUUGAAUUUGGCAAAGAAACAUCCCAAACACUGAAGCUGGAGAACGCCUUGUAUUUCGAUCGGAAAUACCUUUUCACAAAUUCCAAGACUUACUUCAACCUCGCCGUCGAUGAGAAGGGCCUUUGGGUCAUCUACGCAUCCAGCGUGGACGGCUCGAGCGUGGUUGUCGCGCAGCUGGAGGAGAAGACAUUCUCCGUGGCGCAGCUCAUCAACACCACAUACCCCAAGUCCAAGGCCGGCAACGCCUUCAUAGCGCGGGGCAUCCUCUACGUCACGGACACCAAGGACAUGAGGGUCACGUUUGCCUUUGAUUUGUUAGCAGAGAAACCAAUCAACGUGAACUUUAGCUUAAGAACGUCCCAGGCCGUCCUUGCCAUGUUAGCAUACAACAUGCGCGACCAGCACCUGUAUUCGUGGGAGGACGGUCACCUAAUGCUUUACCCCGUGCGGUUCUUGUCAGCUACAUUAAACCAGUGACCUGCUGCUCCCCUGUCCCCUGGGCGUCCAGCAGAGGAUCUCAGGACCAGUGCUUUCACCACAGAAAAUCUGUCUUUCAGGGUAGCUGACAUUCAGAACAAGGUUUCAUGGCCUGAGCAUUUGUGUGGUGGGGGAGGCUCCUUCCGGGGCAGAUUGCUGAGUGAGCCAGCGGCAGGCUGGAAGUUGAAAUGGCUGAGGCUCGGCUGGUGGGCUCACCGUCCUGGCUUUGGAUUCCCCAUCAGUCACAGCAGCAGCUAGCUGGGAUAACUGUGUCAUAUCCCUACUUGUAGGAAAUUCUGAUUCUCGGCUGUUACUGUCCUCACAACUUCCACAUAUCUGUUCUGUUUUGUUUCUUUAGCCACAGUGAGCUGGUUUGCCUUUGAGCUGAUAGUCCCUGCUGUCUGAGCAGUGAGUUCCAUAUUGGAUUAGUACCUGGGGCAGGUACGUGGGCUCUAAAGCGCCAGGGUAACCAUAGUGUACCACUUCUCGACAUGCACUCUGCUGACACAGAAUGUCCUUAGCUCCUGAUUGCAGCUCUGAGAUCAGCAAAAGCCAGAGAGCUACGUGCUCUGCUUACUCAGUGAAACACAAUCAGGCUUCGCAGGGUCCUGUCGGUUUCUGAUGCUGUUGCUCUGGCCCUGAGGGUUGUAAAUGCUGGAUCCUUGGGUCGUUCUGCAGUGACAGAUCCCUUCAGAGCAGUAAACCUGCAUCGAGGUGGUGGGCAGUUUUCGGAAGAGAGGCGCCUUUGUACUCUGUGUCUGGAGCAAGGCUGGGCCAGCUGGCUCCAGGGCCAAAGCCAGCCGCUCGCCAGGUGAAUGCAGCAUUACUAGUGUGCAGCCAUGUGGGUGGUAGUCCUCUCUUCCUUCCACUGCGCAGACAGCAGCAGAGGUGAGAGGUGGCAGCAGAGACCACAGUACACUGUGCUGUGGAGGACAGAAUGUGCCUGAUUCUCGGUGGCCUCACCACAACCUGCUUUGUUUUGUACCGACUGAGACAUAGCAUUCUGUCCCGCUGGGUCCUGGCAGAAGAGGCAGAGAUGGCAGGACGUGUGUGGCGCCCUCUGACAGGGUCCAGUGUCCCUUGCUUCCAAGCACACCGCAACAGUGUGCCUCCUACCAGCUCGGCUCUUCAGGCAUCCUUCAGCCCAGCACAGAGUGCCAGGCGGAGCAGAGAAAGAGCUGGGACCAGGAAGGGCCUGGGGUUGCCCUGCAGUGAGGUGGUCAGCAGCUUGCCCAUGCACGCAGUGUGCCAUAGCCUCCACUGCCUCUGUGGCCUUGCGUCCUGUUUCACACCUUACUAAUGGAAAUCUAAAAGAAAUCUAAACUUCAGGGCCGCGCUGAUUGAAAUAUUUGAAUCUGUUCAUCCCUGAAACUAGCCAGGCAGCUGCUGAUGUGUUUGCUCUCGAGUUCUCAAGAUAGUGGUGUUUGACCCUCCCAUGCUUUUGAGUUAGAGGUUCUGUCGUGCUACAUAGUUUGAAAAAAUACCUUUUUCAGGUUCACAGCCUGUAGUGAGGCAAUGUCCUGUUUGAUCAGUGUGUCUAGUGAGCGCAGGUGUUCUUCAUGGUAUUUACAUACAUGUGCUGCUGUGUCCGGGCAUCACAGCGCUAGGUGUGAGUGUAAUUUCAUAACAACUAACUGUGUAUAUAUAGCAUAGCCAAUGAACAGUUUAUUGAAUUAGCACAUAUUCCUUAUAUUCCUUUUAGGAAAAUGUUUUAACGUCACCAGUUUUGAUAUUUAAUUUUGAUAUUUGAUUGUGUAUUGGGGUUCUACUCUCCCUCUUUCUUGUGUGUGUGUGUGUGGUGUUUUUUUUUUUUUUUUUUUUUUGAAACAAGAUCUUAUACUAUGUUGCACAGGUUGGUCUCAACCUCCUAAAUUCAAGGAAUCCUCCUGCGUCAGUUUCCCCCGUAGCCAGGAUUAUGGGCUCACAACACCAUGCCGACUCCCUGGCCUCCUUAGCAGUGGGUAAUGAACUCUACAGUCACCGUUACAGAAGCUCAAACUGGGGUAUUUUUAGUUUGUAUAGUGGCAUAAGGAUGACUAUGGUUAACCAGUGUCUAAUGGGCCAGGGUUAGUAAUUGUAUGUUCUGGUUGACAGUUUGAACAGAAUUAAAAGAAUUAAGAUUUUCUUUUUUCCUGAAAACAGUACUUGGGUUUUUUAAAAACUUUGGGAUUCACUGCCAUAAACCUGGUGUCUAUAAGUCAAGACAAUGCUUCGGUGCAUAGUAUUCUAAUGUUUAAGAUGAAGCUCACAUUCUAAUAGGUAACCAAAGUUGCUUCAAAGCCCUUUGCAGAUAUCUACACUUCUGAUGUCAGAAUCAAACCAAAUAAUUCUGCAAUUUUCUGGAACCUAAAGGAGAUAGCUUCCCACGGGAAAGUAAAUAAAGCCAGCCCUGCCGACCUCAAAGCCCUGCUGGACCCUCUUUCAAAGCAUUUUUUCAAGCUGAUAAGGUGUAGAGCUGAAACUGCAGGUGGCCUGGCUUCAGGGUAUCUCUAGGUAUAGGAGUUAGAUAGGCAAUGUUGUGGGCUGAAGUUUUCAAAGGAGCAAUCGUGACCUGGGGCAUCUCCAGUCCUCCUGCCCACCAGGUCAGAAGGCAGAAGGGUCCCACACACACAGGCACAUUCUGGGCUGCCCAGGACACCUGACAGCACAGCCCCAAAGGAAGAGAGGCCACGGAGCUCUGUGGAUGUCCUCUGGCCACUUGACCUUGUGGGUCACCCCAGGAGCCUCAGAAUUCCCUGUCUCUUAAUACAGAGCCCCAGUAUAGUUCAAAUAUCAAAACUGGUGACUUUAAAACAUUUUCCUCAGAAUUCCCUGUGAUGCUGAGUGACAGAUGAAUAAUGACAAUCUAGUCAAAUUUUUUAAACUACUGUUAUUUUACCUCUUAUUAAUUUAUGUACAGUGUUUUAAAAAUUAUAACGACCCCAAACAAUAUCAAGGUGAAUAAUAUCAGUUGCUCCUCUGUAGAAACUCACGUGGGGUGGGUCCUCCUGGCUACCGAAAAACAGUCAUUGGCGUGGACAGUUUUUGCUGUCAGAAAGCCCAGAGCGUGGAAAGCUAGCAGCUAGGGCUAGAUGUGCACAGACGGAACUGCAAAGGAGGUUUGCUGAUAUACCAGCGUGACCAAGGCAACUAACCAAGGAUAAAAACGAGAUCUGUGGGCUGGGGAGAUGGCCCGGUGGCACAGCACCUGCCUGGCAAGCACGAGGUCUUGAGUUUGAUUCCUGGUACUUCGGCAGGCAGCUGAGUUAGUUAGAAAUAUUAUAGGCAGUGAGACAGGGCUAGGCCCUCAAGAGAGCCCAUGCAAACACCUUGCAGCUGCAGGGAGACAGACACCUCCUGCUGUGGGCCAGGCCUCAAGACAAAGGAUCAAAUAAGUGCAUCCACAUCCUGGGGACUGAUACUCUAAUUAGUUCCUUCUCAUCCUGGAGUCACUACCCCAUUCCUCUGGGGAAAGGUAACAGCUCCAAAAUGGCCGUUUCCUAUUUGUCCCUAAUGUAAUCAAUUUUACCUAAACUAUUGAUCUUAUUGGCUAACUAUAGUUAUGUCCCACCUUAUGCCCAUCUGCCUUGUGAGUUCCCAGUCUUCCCCACUUUGAACCCAUAAAAGUCCCUGGAAAAGACAGAGUUGGGGGCAACUCACUCAGGACCCCCUUCUGUCUCUCUUCAGACAGAGGCUUUCUGUCUUUCAAUAAAUGUAUUCUACUCUUCCCCUCUGCUGUUCUUAAAAUUCAUUCUUUGAUUUUAGAGAACAAAAGCUCACGGACAAAGUAGGUUGGGAGUUUCAUUCCCCUACAUCAAUACAAAAAAAAAAAAAAAAAAAACACCAAAAGCAAGAUAUGUGUGAGUCCGGAGCAGGGUCCUUCAUCCUCCAGAGCUUUGGUUUCAUCUGUAAAAAAUAAAGUACUAUUAUUUACCUCCCUAAA